AUGGUCGAACAAGGAGGGAACAAUCCUGACGGCACGGGUAUUGUCUUUGACGCGGCAGGUUUUUCAAAUACUGCACCUUCCGCUCACGAUCGCCAAACGUCGCGGGCCGCACAAGUUUCCCAAAACGAGGAGGCAGGCCGCGCAUCGCUGAACCACCCGCGAGCGUCCCCGCAGUCAGUGUCUGCAGAGGACGGUGCCGGCUGUUCGAUGGUCCAUCAGCCGUUCCUUUCCACAGCACCUUACCAGUUCGCUCAGACCGGAAUACCAUCCAAUGCCGCACCGAAAAAGCUCCCGACUUCGACGACCGAGCAGAGGAGAGCGAGUUGGACGCCGGCGAAGAGGCUGUUGCCGGAGGAGCUAUACGAGCAGGCGUACUCCGCUGAUACGCGCAACCCCAACAAGACGGAACGAGAACAACAUAAGGCGUGGGCAGUGCAGAGGUUGUACGAAGAAUUCGAAUACUGCAUCGAGAACAAGAUUCGGCCGGACGACUUGAGACAGAUCACUUCGCCCGUUAGCCGGCUGUCGGCGAGCAACCCAUGGAACGACUUUCAGAAAAGUCGAUUCUUUGCAGCGCUUCUGAUCAACGACGGGCAUACCGGUAAGCCAGCGCUUCAACUUCGGCCUCCUCGUCUAUCCUGACCAACUCAACGCUGAGCAAUGCAUUCUAUAAGCACAUUCAGUUCCAACCAAAUUGAUGCAAAGGAAGGACCUAGCGCGCGUGUAUUGGAACAGAAUCUGCAGCAGUGAGGCUGAGAAGGCGGAGUGUCUCGCGGCUCUUGCAUUGGAGCAGGCCGAGGACGAUGCGGCCGCGCACCUUUCAUCGGAUCCGCAGCUUCGAACGGCCCACCUUGCAUCGGCUCCGCAGCCUCGAAGCAGAACGAACCUGGCCAUGAUCAAAAAGGCGAGGCAGCGACUGCAAGCAUCCUUGACAUCCUUGGUGAGAGUCCUUCUGAGUCCAAGCUUCAGAUCGGAGGCCCUUUCGCUUAUCGAUUCUUCACCGUUCCCUUUUCGGAAGGCCAAUAUCUUUUCGGACAACUACAGCAUCGAGAUGUUUGCUAUCGCCUCCUCGAAUUUACCCGAGACCAACAAGGAGCGCUUUGUGGUCGCUUCCGUGGGCGGGGCGGCGUUUGCGCUUCGACAGGGUUGGGCCGACAAGGGGCAGGGACCGCUGGUCCGCGACUUUGCGCAUUGCGUCGCAGGCACAGCGAUUAUAGCAGACAAGCGGGCCGAGAUUGUCAGCGCCGGUGAGUUGCGAGAUUUUACCAGAUCUCAGGAAAGGGCAACAGCUAGUAGAGGUCAAUUGAUGUAUCAGCGAAUGUCUGCGCACAGCUUGGAACGCACCCGUGGCCGACAAGAACGUUGAGACCAAACGCCAAUGGUACAGCAUCAUCCUCAAGGAAUUGUUCCGUGAGUACAAGAAGUGCAGCCUGCCUACUCUUCCAUACACGGUGACUAAUUUUGACCCGGCUCGCUGUCUUCAGAGUCCGCGCUGCGCCGACGCUCCGUGCUGGACGGCGAGAAAAUCCAAUCGCCCAAGUUCGUCUAUGACGUAAAGGCCCUCCGGGACAACGCCAGAAUCAUUGUUCAGCGCGGCGCGCUCCUUCGCAAAGCGGAUUUUCGAAGCCCGAGUGGCAAGCUCAAAUUGUUGGGACCAGAUCUGGAUCGGAUCAUCCCAUUGCUGCGUGCAGGCGAGCUGAAGUUCAGGCUGGAGGAGGAGGUAAUCGGGUCAAGUACAGACCAGGCAAUGGCCGACGGCGAUGAAGGCGGCGACAGCGAUGCUGACCGGCGGACUCGGAACACGAGCUCCGACGAGGACAGCGAGUGAGGUGACGAUGGCCGAGCUCUCAGCGCCAGCCGGACUCGUCGACGCGCAUGCGGUGCGGAGAUCUUGGCUGGUGAGGGGCCAGAAUUCGUUGGACAACACAGGCCACCGCAGUCGCUAUUUCAUAGUUUUGCUUCAUAUGCAUCCGGCUCUUGGUGACUAA